UUCCUGGCGGAGCGCGGCGCUUGUCACGAGCGCGGCGCGGCUCCCGCUCCCUCCUCCCCGCGGGAGGCCCCGGCGCGGCCAUGGCGCGUUGAGCGGCGGCCACGGCCCCCACCCCGCAGCCGGGCCGGGGCCGGGCCGGGCCAACCGGCAGCACGGAGCCGGCCGGCGGGGCACGGCGGCGGCGGGGCGGCGAGCGGGCCCGGCGCGGGGGGCGGCACUCGGCCUCCGCCGGGCGGGCGCGGCGGCGGGCGGCGGCGGCGGCGGCGGGCGGCAGCGCCAUGGAGCCGGCCGAGGUGAAGGACCGCAUCCUGGAGAACAUCUCCCUCUCCGUCAAGAAGCUGCAGAGCUACUUUGCUGCCUGUGAAGAUGAGACACCAGCCAUCAGGAACCAUGACAAGGUCCUGCAGCGGCUCUGUGAACAUCUGGACCAUGCUCUGCUCUAUGGCCUGCAAGAUCUUUCUUCAGGCUACUGGGUGCUGGUCGUUCACUUCACCCGCCGAGAAGCCAUCAAACAGAUAGAGGUGCUUCAGCAUGUGGCCACCAACCUGGGGCGCAGCCGGGCAUGGCUGUACUUAGCCCUCAACGAAAACUCCUUGGAGAGCUAUUUGAGGCUGUUCCAGGAGAACCUAAGCCUGCUGCACAAGUACUAUGUCAAGAACGCCCUGGUUUGCAGUCACGAUCAUCUGACCUUGUUCUUAACGCUGGUGUCCGGGCUGGAGUUCAUCCGCUUUGACUUGGAUCUGGAUGCUCCUUACCUGGAUCUAGCCCCAUACAUGCCAGAUUACUACAAGCCUCAGUACCUGCUGGACUUUGAGGACCGUCUGCCCAGCUCUGUGCAUGGCUCGGACAGCCUGUCCCUCAACUCCUUCAACUCAGUCACCUCCACCAACCUGGAAUGGGAUGACAGUGCCAUCGCUCCAUCCAGUGAAGAUUAUGAUUUUGGAGAUGUCUUUCCAGCAAUGCAGACCAUGCCCAGCAGAGACUGGGAAGAUGGGGACCUCACGGACACGCUGAGCUGCCCGCGUUCCACCGCCUCGGAGGCGAACGGCAGCAAAGGCUCCGUGAAGAGCCCGACGCAGCGCCACAACCCCUUCAACGAGGAGAAAUCGGACGUGACAUCCUCCACUGAGACCACGCCGGUGCACACGGCUUCCCAGGAGAAGGCAGAAGCCACCCCCGAAGGAACAGACCAGUCUGAGAGCUGCACGGAGCUGGAGGUCAUCAGGUUGGCCAAGAAGAAGAAAACGGGCAAGAAGAAGAAAGCCAAGCACGAGGAGCCGGUGAGCACCCCAGCGCCCGAGGCCAGCGGCGACAGCGGCGUGAAUGGGCUGAGCGACAGAGAAGAGCCUCAGCGAGGCGAUGGCCCCGGCGGUGAGCCCGGCCCCGGCGGGCAGGAGGAGGGUGCUGAGCGCUCUGCCCUUGGCCAGCUGGCGCUGCGCAUCCCCGAGAUGAAGGACACGUCCAUGGAGAGCGUGGGGCAGCCGCUGAGCAAGGUGAUGGACAGGCUCAAUGGGCAGCUGGACCCCGGCGGUGGCUGGAACGUGCCCCUCGAGCCCCCCGGGCAGUCCUUUCGGACUGGCACGCCAGGGGAGACCCCAGAUGGAUCGUCCUCUGGCGACUUUAGUGAGGGGAUUUCAGCCCCCAUGGACUUCUACCGCUUUACCGUCGAGAGUCCAAACGCUGCUGCACCAGGUGGUGGCCACAAUGACGCUCCAGGGCCUGGCCAACCGCCACAUGUUUCUGGUAGCCCUGAGGCUCCUGAAGAAGAAAGCAGAGAAGGAGAAGCAGUUGGGGCAGUAGAGGAGUCUGGAGGGGCGAGUGAUGAACCCCAGACUGGCCAGACAGACACCACCAAGCCCCAGGCUCUCUGUGAGCCCAAGAAGGAGCAGCCCAGCCCUUCCCCGAGCAGCGCCGAGGACUCUGGCGUGGAGGAAGGACAGGGCAGCCCCUCGGAGCUGACCCAUCCCUCCGAGUUCAGGGUGGAUAACAACCAUCUCCUCCUGCUGAUGAUCCAUGUCUUUCGGGAGAAUGAGGAACAGUUGUUCAGGAUGAUCCGAAUGAGCACUGGGCACAUGGAGGGGAACCUGCAGCUGAUCUACAUCCUGCUGACAGAUUGCUACGUGUACCUGAUCCGGAAAGGGGCAGCGGAGAAGCCGUACAUGGUGGAGGAGGCUGUUUCCUACAAUGAGCUGGACUACAUUUCGGUUGGGCUGGAUCAGCAGACGGUGACUCUGGUGUGCACCAACCGGAGGAAGCAGUUCCUGCUUGACACCGCGGACGUGGCUCUCACUGAAUUCUUCCUGCUCUCCUUGAAGUCAGCCAUGAUCAAAGGGUGCCGGGAGCCGCCAUACCCCAGUAUCCUCACAGAUGCCACCAUGGAGAAACUGGCACUUGCAAAGUUUGUGGCCCAGGAGUCCAAGUGUGAGGCCUGCAAUGUGGUUGUGCGUUUCUAUGGUCUCGUCCACUGGGAAGACCCCAUGGAUGAGGCGCUGGGACCCGCCAGCAACAGCUACACCUCCACUGAAAACGCGGUCACCAAGGAUGGCAUCCUGCACUACAAGGCAGGGACCUCCUACCUGGGCAAGGAGCAAUGGAAGACCUGCUUCGUGGUGCUCAGCAACGGGAUCUUGUACCAGUACCCGGACCGCACGGACGUCACCCCUCUGCUCUCCAUCAACAUGGGCGGUGAGCAGUGCGGGGGAUGCCGGCGCUCCAACACCACCGACCGGCCCCACUCCUUCCAGGUGAUCCUGACGGACCGGCCCUCCCUGGAGCUGAGCGCCGACAACGAGGAGGACAUGGCCGACUGGAUGCAGUACUUCUGCCAGGCUGUCUCCAAAGGGGUGAUCCCCCAGGGUGUUGCCCCCACGCCGUGCGUCCCGUGCUGCCUCGUGCUGACGGACGAGAAGGCCUUCACGUGCCAUGAGGACUGUCAGACCAGCUUCUUCCGCUCGCUGGGCACCAUGGAGCUCACGGACAUCACCGCUGUCUCCACGGAGGCGGGCAAGGAGUACUGUAUCCUGGAGUUUGCUCAGGACAGCAGGCAGUUCCUGCCCCCCUGGGUCCUCUAUUUUAGUUGCACUACAGAACUGGAGAGGUUCCUCUCGGCGCUGAACGCCGCGUGGAGGAACAUCUACCAGGUCGACCUCCUGCACAAGGCCAUUCUGGAUGCUGCCAUCAAGAAGAAAUGCGAAGACGCUCAGAGCCUCAUCGACAGCGCGUGGCAGCGCAGCGACAGCCUCUGCCGCGGGCGAGCGGAGCGGGACCCCUGGUGCUAACCCUGCCCGGGGGGACGACGGAUCAUGGGGACCCAUUUUGGGAGAGCAGGGCCUGUAUCCAACUGCCCUGCAGCCAACCGGCACCCCAAACCCUCCUGCCAUCGCUUGCUCCCUGCCAGGAUGGUGCCUGCAGGCAUGGACCCUGCACCCCGCCCCCGCUACGCUGGGGACAUCCAGCACAUUUUGGGGAGCAACUGGAUGCUUCUCCAUGCAGGAGGCAAGGCUGAGCUCGGCUGCGUUCCGUGUCCAGCCGUGCAGCCUCCACCUUCCUCAUCCAGUGGCCAUGGGGCAAAAUAAUUUGCCUGUCAUGGAAUAAUAUCCCCCAAAUAGUGUGGGAGAGGGGGGAGUGGGGUGGGCUGGGGCUGGGCAUCCCCCCGUCGCAGCAGGGAGCAGAGGACUUGUUCAUUUUAGAACAGGGAUGGGGCACGGUGAGGGGAACACACAUCGCUGCCGUGCAUGUUUUCUUCUCCUGGCUAAUGCAAUCACCGAGUGCGGCACCGCUUCACCUCCUCCUCCUGGAUCACCCCGCACCGGGCUUCCAGACAUCGCCAAACUACUCCCCAGCCUGUCCGUGAGGUUUGAGGCUAAAGGAAGAAGGACCAGGGCCAAAAAUCAGCCUUAAAUCCUCCCAGCAUGGUUUUAGGAGAUCUCAGAAGCCGGUCUGAGGUGUGGAUGCUGGCCACAUGUGCCGGGGGAGAGAAGAGAGCGAGUCCCAUGUUCUUCAGGUGCUCUAAGGGACGUUGUCAUAAGGCUGUCACCAAACACGUCCCCAUCUCAGCUCGCUGCACCUGAGGCCAGUGAGGACCUGUCGCUGCUUGCCCUCUACAGCGAGCCCGUGGGGCACAAGCCCAGCUUUUAAAUGAUAAUAAUAAUGAUCCAGAGACCUUCUGUAAUAUAUGUUCAUGGGGCCUUUUUUGGGAGGAAACGUACGUGACUGAAUGUGUAUGUACAUACAUCUGCUUCCUUUCCCCCUCCCCAAAUAAAUACUCAUUGGUAA